AUCAUAUUUAAGUUUGUAUUAAUGGAAUUAAAGUCUCAUGAAAACGUAAAAGUAGAUAAUUUAACAUGACUAGACAGAUAACACCCCUUUAAAAAUGAUCUUGAAAGAACUAUCAAAACAAAGUUAAUGAAUUCACUCUAACACGUAUAACACUUGUUAUCAUUUGCACUAUGUUCAUUUUCAAUAUUAAAAUCUUGAUUGAGCGUAAAGCAAAAGUUCAACCUUUGAUUUAGUCUUGAUGGUGAGAGAAAAAGGAUGUGCAAGGGUGAGUUCUCCAAUCCAAUCAUGCAUUCAUCUGGCAGUGCCAUGUGCAGCCAGCAACUAGGUCCACUUCUCAUUAUUUCCCAUCUCUUCUCCUAAACUAAUAAUCCAACUCUGUACUUCCAUUGUCCCUCCACCCCUCUCUCAUGUUAUAAUAACAUAUAUUCAUAUAUAUAUAUAUGCAUCAUCCAUCUAUCUCAUAUCCUAUAUUAUUCACUUAUUCACUCAAUAUUUUUACACCAAUGAUGAACAACAGCAGUCCUGCACCAUAUAACUCCACGAGAUCAUGGUCUGUUAGCGACGAUUCGCUGAGGCGGUACGUGUUCUUCGCAAGCGAAAGUUGCAUACAGGAACUGUUAUCUGCUUCAGAUAGUAAUAGGGAUUGGAGUGGUAAUGUGAAUGGGAAUGAUGGAUGGAAAGUGUUGGCUUUUGAGGAUGGUGUAGAGAUAUCGAAACGUAGGUCUGGAUCCGAUUCGUUCCACGCUUUUCGCAGCAGAUGGUUGCUUAAAUCGGUUUCGUCUGAACAGUUUAUCACUGUUGCUAAUGCCAUAGAUGCAGCCAAGCAAUGGGACUCAGAUUUGGUAGAAGCAAGGUACAUCAAAGAUCUUGAUGAGAAUCUCAGCAUCAUAAGAUUAAGAUUUGGCGAGAACGCGAAGCCGCUUUUUCGUAACCGCGAGUUCAUCGUGUACGAGAGACGAGAAACAAUGGAUGAUGGAACUUUGGUGGUAGCAAUAGCUUCAUUGCCAAAAGAAAUGGCAGCAGGAUUACACCCAAAGCAGAAUAAUUCAAUAAGAGGGUUGCUAAUGCAAUCAGGGUGGGUUGUAGAAAAGCUUGAUGAUGAUUCUUGUAUGAUCACUUAUGUUGUACAGUUGGACCCAGCAGGAUGGUUACCAAAGUUCUUUGUGAAUCGAUUCAAUACAAAACUGGUUAUGAUCAUUGAAAACCUUUGGAAAGAAGCCCAAGCUCAUCCAUCACUCAUCAAUCACGAGAUAGGAUAAAUUGCUUUAUCUUGCUUGCUUGUAUUGUUUACCAUUUCUUUUGGAUAAAAACAUUGUUAUACUUAUAUGUUUUUAUACUAAAAGAUAUAUCAAUUACAUAAAUUUUGUAAGUUUUUGUUUAGCUAUCUUAAUCCGGUUAACCGUUUAUGUUUAUUUUGACUAGAAUAAUUGGACAAAAAUAAUGAAAUGGAGUCGGUUGUCGAAGCAAUUUUUGGAGCUUCAAGCAAUAUAUAAUUUUUUUUUGGUGUAAUAA